AUGAUCGGAAUUGGUACGUCGAAACGUUGUCCACAAACACAAAUGCGAGAUGUGAAUAUUCGAUGUGUAAUUGGAGCCAAUCUCGCUGGUAUCGCCCACCAAGGUCGAGCAAAAUUAUUCGGAAUUUUAAACGUACCACCUCCCCUCGAUGACGACCAUUAUUCACACACCGUCGCUCAUGUCCUGCCUAGUCUUCGAGCUCAUCAACAAAACUCUAUGUCGACAGCCGUUGAAGAAGCUUGCACUCAAUCAGGCGGUCAACAGUUGAGUGUAAGUGGAGACGAAAGCUGGCAGUGUCGUGGAUUUUCAAGUUUGAAUGGCGUAGCCGCAGUCAUGUCCAGCUCAACAACCGCCAAAGUGUUGGAUAUCGAACGAAUGUCGAAGAAGUGUUCGACGUGUGUUGGCGCCCUCAGUAUUAAACAUAUGAACAGAGAAAAGUGCAAUGGAGGUGGACGGAAUCUAUCGCCUGUUUGA